CCCUCCGUCACCUUCCCUUCCCUUUCCUCCCAUUUCCACCCUAUCAAACUGACCCUAACUUCUAGUCUUGUUCAUGGUUUACUGGAUUUCUACUCUUUCUAUUCAAUUUUGAUAUAUCACAUAUAUAUUAUCUGUAUAUGUUCUGUUUCUAAAACUAUUUUUUAGAUGCAGGAAUUGGUACGAAAAUGUCGUGAUUUCCUCUCUCCGAUCAAAAACUUCGAAGGAAAAAGUCGCGUGAAACUUAUGUAUUUCCAUCUGCUUGCAUCAACAUUUAGCUUUCUGUUUUAGUAUAAAUUCUUCAAGAUUUUGUAUGGAAUUCCUUUUGAUUUCAUUUCUUUGGUUUGUGUGUUCGUGAAUUUCUUGGAUUUUUGGAUUUACUGUGAACUAGGGUUUCUUCAUCUUAUGAUUGAAUUUUUCUAUUUGUUUAGACGGUUGAGUGUGGUUUGCAAUCUUUUUAGAAUUUUGUGGUUGAUUUUACCAUUAAUUUCUAGGAUUCUGAUCUUUUGUCACAUAGAGUUUCUUUAGCAUAUUUUAGGUGGUCUAUUUUCUAUGAUUAUGAAUUUUCAGAAAUUUAUUGAUUAUUUCUUCAACUCGUAUUGAUUCUGCACAACUAUAUCUUUUACAUGAUUAGAUGAUUUUUUGAUUCAUGGUCAUGUGGGUUUCUUGGUUUGGAUUUUCCUGUAUAGUGGGAUUCAACAUGAAGAUUCAAAGAAACACACAAUAUAUAUUUAUUUUUAUUUGUUAAAAUCUAGAUCUAUAACAAUAUAUUGUAGUAGUUCUUUCCUUAUUCAGCGAAACACACUCAAUAAGGUUCAGGGGACACUCUCGGCUAAAGAAUUGAUAUCAUAAUACCUGCUUUGGGCUCUUCUUUUCGGGAGAUGGCCCUUGGACCUCAUAAUCAAUAGGCCCCAUAAUCUCUUGAGACAUGUGCAACCACAGCUCUUAACUCUUCAGGGGUUGCAAUUGAAGAUACCUUGAAAGAAGAGGGGGAUUUAAAUAUGUUUGACAAUGAAGCAAUAGGUAUAGCCAUUUUAGAGCUCUCCUUUCUCAAUUCCUCAUUGGAGGAUCCACAACACUUCUCCCUUUUUCCUUUAUAACUCCCUCGCACUCAUUCAAAUUAGGUCUAGGUGAAUUCUCCUUCAUUCUCCAUUUUUGUUUAUGCUUAGUAGUGGGCUUAGAAGAGCAAGAUUCGGUAGAAUGACCAAAAGAUUCACAAUCUAACAUUUUUGUGGUUUCCUGGAUCCUCCUCCACCCUAAUCUAAAAGAUUCACAGAACAAGGAUCCUUGCUUUUAAGAACAAACCACCUCCUAUAGUAGAUAGUUAUCAAGAAUCAUUCUCAUCUGUUCACCAAUCCAAACCCACUAAGUCUAGGAGAUAUAUUCCCCAAGUGGAUUUCUUUCUUUCUUUCUUUCUUUCUUUCUUUUUUCUUGUUGUUGCUAAACUCUCAUUCUGAUUUGUGGUGCUUAUAUCUUCCUCUCUGCUUUUUUUUUUUUUUGCUGGCAUAUGUAGUGAUAGCUUCUUUUAGAUCGAUUGCUUUCUUGUUGACAUGUGUUUGUUUGGUAAUUUAACAGUCUUCAGAAAGGACUCUUGAUGCUCCUAAGCUCUUAGAUGACUUUAAUUUGAAUUUACUGGAUUGAAGUAGCAGUAACAUUGUCGCUACUCGCUGUUGGGAAUUCAGUAUAUUUGUGGAAUGCUGUUAAUGGGUCUACUUCUGAACUUUAAAAAAAAAGUUCAGAAGUAGACCCAUUAGCAGCAUUCCACAAAUAUAACUUCUUGUGACAGAUGAAGAAAUUGGACCUGUGACAAGUGUUAGAUGGGCACAGGAUGGAGUACAUCUUGCUGUUGGUUUAAAUAAUUCCCACAUCCAGCUGUGGGACUCUUCAUCUGGUUGGAUGGUGAGGAAUUUGCGUGGUGGGCAUAGUUCAAGGGUUGGUUCACUCGAUUGGAACAAUCACAUCCUUACAACUGGGAGAAUGGACAGUUUGAGCAUAAACAAUGAUGUAAGGAUAAGAUCCAGCAAUGUUUGAACAUAUAGGGGACACUGUCAGGAGGUUUGUUGACUGAAAUGGUCUGCAUCAGGCCAGCAACUAGCAAGUGGGGGGAAGGACAGUCUCCUCUACGUAUGGCAUAUUUCUAUGACCUCUACAAAUUCUGCCAAUCAGUGGAUUCACUGCCUAGAAGACCACAGGGCCGCUGUGAAAGCUCUUUCCUGGUGUCCUUUCCAGAGUAAUCUGCUUGCCUCCGGUGGUGGUGUAGGAGACCAGUGCAUAAAGUUUUGGAUUACCAACACUGGAUCACGCUUGAACUCAGUAAAUACAGGUUCACAGGUCUGUUGCUUGCUUUGGAACAAACAUGAACAUGAGCUUAUGAGCUCUCAUGGCUUCAAUGAUAACCAACUUACCCUAUGGAAGUAUCCUUCUAUGGUCAAGAUUAUAGAUCUUUAUGGUCAUACAUCAAGAGUUCUUCAUAUGGCUCAGAGUCCAGAUGGGUGUACAGUUGCAUCUGCAGCAGCGAAUGAGACACUAUUGUGGAACGUGCUUGGAACUCCUAAAUUGGCCGUGAAUGCUCCCAAAACGAAGCCAGAACCAUUUGUUAAUCUCGCCCACAUCAGAAAUGUCAAAGAGCUUAAUGUGUUGAUUUAUAAAAGAUCUAGAACUGAAAAUUGCAUCCCCUCAAAUUCUGCGAAGAUCGAAUUGAACAGACAAACCCUCAUCCAAGUUUCGAAGCUCUAUUUUUGGGUGAUUUUGAUCUUUAACAGCAAGAGAAUCUCACUUAUAUCUAGUCUAUUCCAAAGUCUGCUGAAGCAAGUUAUUGUGCUGAAACUUUAGAAGCAUUUCAUCUUGAUUAUACUCUGAUCAGAAGCCCUCUCUACAAGCUGUGAAGUACUUCAAAUCCUCUUCUCUGCAAUUUCACAUCUGCUGCAGAUCUCUAUCCUCUGACUGAAUUUUUUUUUUUUUUUUUUUUUUUUUUACAAGUGUUUUGUAAAGCAAUAUUGACCUUCAGUUUUAGUGGAAAAACAGUGUGUGAGUUUGUACUCUGUGAGAUAGAACACUGUGAGUGUGUGAAGAAAAGAGUUGUGUGUGUAAUUCUUUUCACAUAGUGGAUAAGAUUUCAAGCUAAA